CGGACGCCCUCCAUUUUGCGCCCCCGCGGCCUCAGCUCCCGGCCCCGCCAGCCUGCGGCAGGCCCGACGGGAUUAUAGAAGAGAGAACUCAAACUAAAUCUUGUCUGGAGUAUAGCCCAGCUCACGUGGAUAGUGUCUCUGUCGUUGCUGCUCUGAACUCAGACCUGUGUGUCUCUGGAGGAAAAGAUAAGACAGUGGUGGCCUAUAACUGGAAAAGUGGAAAUGUGGUGAAAAGGUUCAGAGGACAUGAACGAGAGAUCACUAAGAUAGCCUGUAUUCCCAGAUCCAGCCAGUUCUUCAGCGGCUCUCGUGACAGGACAGUCACAAUGUGGGACUUGCGUGGCCCUUCCCAGCCAAGGCAGCAGUUCUCUGGCCACGCCAUGGUGGUCACUGGAUUGGCUGUGAGUCCAGACUCGUCACAGCUGUGCACUGGCUCUCGGGACAACACCCUGCUUCUGUGGGACGUUGGGACCGGACGGUGUGCGGAGAGAGCUUCCAUCUCGAGGAACCUGGUCACUCACCUGCGCUGGGUACCCCACCAACCAUAUGUACUACAGACUUCUGAAGAUAAAACCAUCAGAUUAUGGGACAGCCGGGGGCUGCAGGUAGCUCAUAUAUUUCCCACAAAGCAGCAUAUUCAGACCUACUGCGAGGUCAGUGAGGACGGACACAAGUGUAUCUCCUGCAGCAGCGGCUUUGGAGGGGAAGGCUGCGAAGCCACGCUGUGGGACCUAAGGCAGACUCGGAACAGAAUAUGUGAAUAUAAGGGGCAUUUCCAGACUGUUGCAUCCUGCGUCUUUCUACCAAGAGCACUGGCCUCGAUGCCUAUAAUUGCUACUUCAUCGCAUGACUGUAAAGUGAAGAUUUGGAACCAAGAUACUGGAGCCUGCCUGUUCACCUUGUCCCUGGAUGGAUCAGGACCUUUGACUUCCCUGGCUGUUGGCGACACCGUCUCCUUACUGUGUGCAAGUUUCAGCAGAGGAAUUCACCUGCUCAGAGUGGAGCACAGCCGAGGGCUGGAGCUGCGAGAACUGGCAGUAUUCUGAGGCCAGGAGACACUCACUGGACAAUAUCAAACUGUGGCCCGUCCUUUCUUGGUGUGGCUUUGUGUUUCCCGGUGAUCUCGCGGGGAGGGCGAUGUGCGAUUCUCUGCUUACGUUCACUCAGAAGGUGUAUCAGGGUUAGAAGCCAAUUUAAGCCCAGGUGCCGUUUAGAAACAUGAUAGGCCUCUGUCUGUGAGUCGGAACACGGGUGGAGUGUAUCAGACUGACCUAUUCUAUGUCUCCACAGAAGGAAAAGCCGCAGGGGGAGAGACACCGUUCAGGUGGCCUCACAGUUACCCAGACGAGAGAGGGGAGCGCAGCUCUGUAGAGGACAUGGGUUGUAGACAUGACAUUCAGCUCCAGCUCACCAUGCUCCUCAGCAAGGUGAAGAAGUCUGGGCUUCCACUCGGAAGAGCAGCAGAGUGCAGGUGGCGGGUCCAAGACCAGUGCUCAGGCGGCAUGAAAAUUAGACCCCAGGUGGCUUGAAAAGGCUGACGACCGCAGGGCCUUGCCCCGAAUCCUAGCUGUCUGACCUGUUCUGUGCACAAAGAAAUGGAGAGUUUCCAGAAAUGAAGGCUAAAAAAAUUUGUACAUUUUAAUAUUUUUAUUUCAUUUUAUAUAAACUCUUAGGGAUGACCAGUGUGAGGUGAAGGAGAGUCUGCAACAGCAGUAGAAUACAGAGGGGUGCCUGGGUGGCUCAGGCAGCUGAGCGUCCGACUCUUCGAUUUCAGCUUG